CCCAAUCAAAUUCAGACUUCGCAGCGGAAAAGGUCGACCAAUGGCGUGUCGGUUAACUGUGGAGCGUGUCCAAUCAGAGACAGAUGUGGGGUCUUUUAAAGAUAGUUUCAGGAAGUGCCGUUUAAAUAGCAGGACGUUGUAAACAAAGCUGACAGCUAUCCGGUUAGCUGUUAGCCGACACCUGAAUGGACGCCGAGCCGCCGGUUGUGUAAAAACAAACAAACAAACAGGCUAGUCCCUCGUAGAUAUCGUGUAUUUAUGAACAAUACUGCUAACCACUUUCUUUUACAUCGAGAUAUUUUGGCGGGAGUGGAUAUUUCUCUCCGUGUGUUUGCUCGACGAGCUAACGCGUUAGCAGCCUUCCGUUAAAGGACGUUAGAGCCGAAGCGUCGACGUUAAACGUGAAAUCCGGUGUUAUUACAGAGGAGUGAGCGGAUAGUGGGCUUUGUCAGUGCCCGAUUCUUGUUUUUUCUGCCGCACAGAGAGACAACAACAACAACAACAACAAUGUCUACAUCCAACGCCAAUUUCAAAAACAAGUGUGUGACCCAGGUGAACUGCAUCUUCUGCGACAGUCUGCUCUGUACGAGAGGCAUGAAGGCGGUGCUGCUCGCAGACACCGAGGUGGAGCUCUUCUCCACCGAUAUACCUCCCAACAGAACUGUUGACUUUGUGGCCAGCUGCUACUCCACUGAAAGCUGCAAAUGCAAACUGAGGGACAUCGCAUGUCUCAAGUGUGGUAAUGUUGUGGGUUAUCAUGUUGUGGCCCCCUGUAAACCCUGCCUGCUGUCCUGUAACAACGGCCAUUUCUGGAUGUUCAAUAGUGACGCCGUAUCUACUCUCAACAGACUGGAUGGCACAGGCCUGAAUCUGCUCCUGUGGGGAGAUCUUCCCGAGUUGGAUGACAGCGAGAACGAAGAAUCAGAAAGCCCGUCAGAGGAGGAGUGCAUUAGGUAGAGUGGGAAAACGGACAAUAUGAGACCUGGAACGCUGACGUUGGAGAGGUGGAGCUAAAAGAGUGUACAAACCAUAAGAGAGAAAAGAGGAGCCUUAAAGUGUUUCUUAAUUCUGAAUUAAAUAGGGCAGAAAAGUGCAAAGCUUAAACCACGGUACGCCUCUGGACUGUUGAAUCCACGGAGCACAGUGCAGCAAAAACGGCCCUACGUAAUUUGGCAUUCACUUACUCUUUAAGCUGUGACCAUGCCUUUCCCCAUCACCUUUUCACUGUUAAAAGCACACACACACACUCAAAGUCACACACAUUCUUUUCUCUCUUUUCUUUUUGUGCAUCAGCGUGGGCUAUUUCAAAACUAGACUCCAUGAUCUAGUGCAUUCUACGCUCCGUCACAGAGUCACCUCCACCGAGCUCAUUGUUUUGAUCAACCUCUCGCGAAGUUGGCAGUGUGGUGGUGGUGGUGUGAUAAAGUCAGUGGAACUUACCAGUGAAUGCUGUGCUUUUCCCACACCGUUUCCGUUAAGUCCAGUUUUCUGAUAAGAAGACCACGGUUCACCUACCUUAUUUCUUUUUCUUUUUUUUAAUAAUCUGUACAUUGGAUACGCUGUAAUAAGCAAACACUCCCAUUAACGGUCAUGUCUGAAAGGCUUCUACGCUCUUUGUGUGGCUGGGUGCUGAGUGAAAGCUGGAGUGCUUUUUUUGAAUCUCAUGUAUUGGAGAAAAAGCACAAUUAUUGAAUGAUAUAUAUAUCUAUAUCUACAAGUUUCUUGCUUUUUAAAGGGCAUAUUUCAUUUAGGUUACAAUCUUGACGUUCUAUCAGUGAUAUGUUUUUGAUAUGCUAACACAGUGUUUGUUACACACCCGACAGCAGCAGUAUGCGUUUAACACCCGGACGAAUCCGACCGUAGCAGUAUCUGAUACUAACAUACUAACAUAUGCAUAGGGUGUGCUUCCACAGAGGCCCGGAGCAGCUGGAUUUUUUUUUUUAAGUAUUUGUCAGGAGCUCAAAUCAAGUGAGGAUAUUCCCAGAUUGAUGAUAUAGGGUAAGACAGAAUGUGAAUUGACAAAAGGUGCACUUUUGUAGCGCUCCGUAACUCUUCAGUGUGGAUCAUUGAGCAGGAAACACGAGUUCUGAAUGGAUUUCUGUGUCCAUGCUCUGUUUUUGUUACGUUACUAUUCAGUUUUAUGUAGCAGCAUAAUUGUAGCGCCUGAAGUCGACUCCAAAGAAUCAUGGAACAUAUCAAUAUUUAUAGAUUUAUGGACCCCUCUAAACAAAAAGAGAAGUUAUGUCAUUUUUAAGCCACUUUUUAUUGGAUUGUUCUUUUUAAAGUUCGAUGGAGCUGACCAUAGCUGUCAACCCUCAGUAUUCUGUCGGCUUUACCGAUGCUGUGAUCGCUGACAAUGAACCUUUUUGUUGAGCUGCGGACGCCUUGAAGUUAACGCCGUAUGUUAGUUGGUCAUCACCAACUGACCAGCCUGUUUUUUUUGCCAGACACAAGCUGCAACAUUCUCCAGUCACGAGGGGACUUAACUCGAGUCGGUCCUUGUUUGGCAGUGCCAUCCUUUUCUGCUCUUGUUGUUGUUUCACUGCUGUGCCCUGCUGGUACUACGAUCCUGUCUUAAGGUUAACAGUC